AUGAGUGCCUCUCUCUCGGCACGCGCCGUUCCCGUCACGCUCCGAGCGCCCGUAGGAGCGCGACGCUCCGUCAGGCGCGGGUCCGUUGUCCGCGCCGCCGCCGACGAGGAUAAGCCCCCAGCCGGUUGCACCAGGUACAGCAUAAACAUAAAAAGACCGCUGGGCUUGGUGCUGGAGGAGAAGAAGGAGGGGGGUAUCUUCGUCGGAGAGAUCGUGGAGGGAGGAAACGCGGACAAGAGCGGGCUGGUGUCCGUCGGGGAUGAGUUAAUCGCCACGAGCGGGGUCGUGUUCAACUCCACGCAGGACUACGGCGGUGUGAGCGUCAAGAGCGGCGAAGAGACCGUGCGAUUGGCCGUGCGGGGAGAAAAGUUCGACACCAUCAUGGCCGCCAUCGCGUCCAACCCGUCGCAGAGGACGGUCACCCUCGAGUUUCAGAAGUGCAUGUGA